AUGGAAAGAGUCAAUAGCACAUUGUUGACUGAGUUCUUUCUGACGGGAAUUCCCUACCCACCCCAGCUAAGGACAUUUCUUUUUGUGUUCUUCUUGCUCAUCUACGUCCUGACCCAGCUGGGGAACCUGCUCAUUCUAAUCACUGUCUGGGUAGACCCGCAGCUCCAUGCCCGUCCCAUGUACAUCUUCCUUGGUGUUCUCUCCAUCAUCGACAUGGGCAUCUCUUCCAUCAUCGUCCCUCGCCUCAUGAUGAACUUCACUUUAGACAUCAAGCCCAUCCCAUUUGCUGGCUGUGUUGCUCAACUCUAUUUCUAUCACUUUUUGGGCAGCACCCAGUGUUUCCUCUACACCCUGAUGGCCUACGAUAGGUACCUGGCUAUAUGCCAGCCUCUGCGCUACCCUGUUCUCAUGAAUGCUAAGCUGAGUUCCUUGCUUGUGGCUGGAGCUUGGGUGGCAGGAUCCCUCCAUGGGGCUCUUCAGGCCAUCCUAACCUUCCGUCUGCCCUACUGUGGGCCCAACCAGGUAAAUUACUUCUUCUGUGACAUCCCCGCAGUUUUGAGGCUUGCCUGUGCUGAUACAACAGUCAAUGAGCUGGUGACCUUUGUGGACAUUGGGGUGGUGGUUGCCAGUUGCUUCUCCCUGAUCCUCCUCUCCUAUGUACAGAUUAUUCAGGCCAUCCUGAGAAUCCGUACAGCUGACGGGCGACGCCGGGCCUUUUCAACCUGUGGAGCCCAUGUAAUCGUGGUAACCGUGUACUAUGUGCCCUGUGCCUUCAUCUACUUAAGGCCUGAAACCAACAGCCCCCUGGAUGGAGCAGCUGCCCUAUUCCCCACAGCCAUCACUCCUUUCCUCAACCCCCUCAUCUAUACUCUGCGAAACCAGGAGGUGAAACUGGCUCUGAAAAGAAUGAUAGGAGGCCCUAGGACUAAAAGUGAGGUUUGAAAGUGUCUGUCCCCCAAUGGGGAAGCCUUCACAUUGACAGUUCAUUUUAAUGUUUAGCUUUCAGUGAAUUUUUUUCUUCUUUUUCUCUUUUACAUAGCUACGUAACAUCAGUACAAGAUCAAACAUAGUUAAAAGCAAAACACUCUCUAGGGGCUCCUUAGUGCCUCCUUCAGAUAAACAACCAUCAGCUGCUCCUGAGUAGCAAGUGAGACUAAGGUCAUCAGAUGGUAGCCUGGUAAAUUUAGACAUCCAGAGGACUGGCAUACCAAAGGCAUCCAGUGGGCUAUAGGCACAUUGCUCAAGCCCUUAUAAGAGGAGUUCUUUUGCUAGGAGAAGGUUCUUCAGUUCUGUUCCAACUGGACAUAUGCCCUAGGAGCUGGUGCUAGAAAAGAAACUAUAGAUGCCCUGCUGUGUGCAUCUUUACAGGCCUGACUUGGAGGACUUACUUAGGCCACUAUGGGAUGUGAACUAAAGUAUUUACUCUACCUUGCCCACUGAAGAAAUAAACCUUUUCUUAAACUGGUACUUUCACAAACCAAACCAAAUUAAAUAAGCCAAAAAAAGAAGAUAUAAUAGAGUCUCUCCAAAUGUCUCAAUAACAAAUUCUCCUAUGCCAAAAAAAUAAAACUCAUAUUUCGCAUUAAAAGAAAAUAGGGCAAUUCUGAGCUCCUGGUGGC